GGUGAGUUGAUGUGCCACAGCGGCCCCUAGCGGCGCCAGGCUCCAUGCUCGCCAGUAGGCAGGACGCAGGGACGUGCGGGUACCCGCUUACGAGAGGCAUCUGAGACGAGCCCGUGUCUGCGUCAUUGCGGCCGUGAGAAGCAGUGACGAGAAGAGGCAGAUCCGGCCAUGGCGUACGCUUAUCUUUUUAAAUACAUUAUCAUCGGGGAUACAGGUGUUGGAAAAUCAUGUCUCUUAUUGCAGUUUACAGAUAAAAGGUUUCAACCUGUGCAUGACCUUACAAUUGGUGUAGAAUUUGGUGCAAGAAUGAUUACAAUCGAUGGCAAGCAGAUAAAGCUUCAAAUAUGGGACACUGCUGGUCAAGAGUCCUUCAGAUCCAUCACAAGAUCAUAUUACAGAGGUGCAGCAGGGGCUUUAUUAGUAUACGACAUUACAAGGAGAGACACCUUCAAUCAUUUGACGACCUGGCUUGAAGAUGCCCGCCAACAUUCAAAUUCCAACAUGGUCAUCAUGCUUAUUGCAAACAAGAGUGAUUUAGAAUCUCGAAGGGAAGUAAAAAAAGAAGAAGGUGAAGCCUUUGCCAGGGAACACGGACUAAUCUUCAUGGAGACGUCAGCAAAGACAGCUUCAAAUGUGGAGGAGGCUUUCAUCAACACAGCAAAAGAGAUUUACGAAAAGAUUCAAGAAGGUGUAUUUGACAUCAACAAUGAGGCGAAUGGCAUUAAAAUCGGACCACAACAUUCAACACCAGGUUCACCCGGAUCACAUCUCGGAGGACAGCAGGCUGGCGGUGGAUGUUGUUGAACCUGUUUUCCCUCUGAAGAUCCAAGAUGGGCGAAUUGCUUGUUCAUAGGCUAUUUACUUGUUCUUUUACUGUCUCCUCCUCCCUGCCCCGCCCUUCCCUCCGCCCCCUCCUUCCCAAAAUUUCGAUGUUCACUUUAAAGACAGAUUUCAGAAAUUGUAUUCAUACGGUAUCUAUUUGCUUUUUGAUUUCUAGGUCUAUUGAUUGUGAUUUUGUUUAACUGUUGUAUUGUACCCUUGACUAAAACUGAAUUGUAUUAAACACUAAAAUGUAUCUGAGCAUUUUAAUUGGUUGUUUAGGUAGGCAUCCCAUCUUUUUGUGGUGACCUUAUUAUUUAAGGUGCACCCGUUUAAAUAAGAAUAAUGCUUAUUUAAAUCUGCAUAUUAUCAGUGUAUACAGAUUGACUUAUUAUGCCAUCCCUUUCCAACCCUCAGGCAUGCCAACAUGUUAGUCAGUAAGCCUGGUUGGUGACAGUAGAAGCAUGGCAUCAGCCACUUGGACAACGAGACAAUUUCUACGGCACAUUUGGAGCUUUAAGAGGGUUUAGGCCCCGGGCUCCAGUCUCGGAAGGGAUCCCUUGUUUCCCACAACGAGUAUGGAUCCACCUAUGGCCUUUCAUUUGCUGUCAAGCGAACACCCCCCACAGCUACUAUAGGUAUAGAGAGGUUGUUGUAGUUCAAGAACAUCCUUGAUGUAUGCAGUCUCUGAGCAGAGUGCCCUUCUGCCUAAUUCUCAUCAUGAUAAGGACAUGUCUAGCCUAGAGACACUAUGGGAAGGAGUCCAGACUUACUGAGUCAGCUCUAGGCCACAGACCAGGAUAACUGAUGUAUUCAUGUACAAAUAAAAUUCCUAUUUAUUUUGAAAUUGAAGUCUCAAAAUACAAUAGAUAUCUGAACUAAGCAUUGUUUGUGUAUUUACAGUUGUAUAUUGUACAGUGUGGGAGCACAUGAUAUCAUGCAAGCAACGAUGCAGCAAUUCCGUGGGGCGCAUUUAUCAACACUGGGCAACCUGGCACCGGGGCAGUGACCUGGGCGCUGCAGGUAGAACAAUGAGAGCAAAAAUGUUGGUUGCCAUGGGUUCCGGCCCUGGGGCCAGCUUGCCCAGCAUUUAUAACAAAUGCAUAGUAAUUCUAGUAGACGUUUCUUUGCCUUAGUGUUUAACCAUUUGGCUCCUGCUUUUAUCACAGUAAGAAACAAUUGCAGAAAUGCUGACUGUCCCAGAUUGGCAUAAAUGAUACAUUUUUUUAAAAAAAAUACAGUAUUCAGUGAAUUUUACUGUAUUGUCGUGUUUCAUUUGGUGUUGGCGUGAUUUUGUCUGCAUUAUACUGGGUCUCCUGUACCUCUUAUCACUGCCUGUAUAAAUGGGGGGUGUAUUCAUGUGUUAAGUGCACGUAAAUACAAAUUCCAAGGCUACAACUGACUCACUGUACUUCUGUAAUAAAACAGACAAUUUA